AUGAAUCGCAGAUUAAGUCACAAGCUUUAUUUGAUGUUACGAAAUGUCACGUUUUCUAAUAUUUACGCUUUAAUUCCAACACAAACUAAUCAAGAUAAAAAUAUGUUCACAUUUAAUGUACAUAAAUCUUUAUUUAUGAUGUUUUAUGAUGUUAGUAGAAACCUUAAAACAACUCAGUCUAUCCCGGACAAAGAUCUACUUGCAUGCAACAUUCUAGCAAAACAUCACAAAAACAUUGACUUUUCUUUCACAUGUUUUUUCCCACAAACCGUUGCAAUUUUUAAAUACUGA